AUGCCCUCAGCCAUAGAAACGUCGGACUCACCGUCGAUUUCCACCACCGCAAAUGUCCACAUUGUGAACGACCCCACUUCUUUAGUUGCCGACUCGGUAUCGGUAUCUAUGGAACUCUUUGUCCGUCUUUUCCCGGAUCUGCAACGGGCGACUCCCGAAAAAGACACACCCAAGUGCCAUUUCGUGUUGAUGAAAUUCAUCGGCGUGCCCGAUUUCUUUCCGAGAUUCAACAUCUACCGGGUCUCGCUGAUUGAAGAUAUGGCCCCCACGCUGAGCUCGGUCACGCUCACCAAUCACGCCAAUUUGACCAAAUUCGGGGCAGAUUUGACCUUCAGGGGCUGUAUCAUUCAAAGCAUCGAUUCUUCGUCGAUCCCCGUGCUCGACCAGAUAUUCGUUAGUGUUCCGGACGAGAUAUACGAUAUUUUGGACAAAGCUCAUGAGCACUCAGUUAAAGAGCAGUUUAUUUCCGAGUACAUUUCCGCCUCGGGGGGUGUGCUUGCACAAGGCGACACGAUCAGGGCGCUCAACGGCACUGUUGAUCUCUGUGAGCCAUUUUAUCAGGGCCGCGUUCUGACCACCACGAACAUAGUCUUUAUUAAGCAAAAGGAAAACGAACUGUCCAAAAAGCCCGAUAACUUUCUGGACAAUGUCGUGCCAGAGUCAUUUGAAGAAGACGCAGCAUUUGGCCUCGAUUUGUCCGAAUACCUCUCGAAAAACAUCGUGUUUGAUUCUCCGGACUCGGACAAGGCUGCAUGUUCUGAGCAUAAAUUCAACGUGCUUCCUUUGCCCCACAGGGUGGCUGUCCCUCCGGCUCCUUUUGCACCAGAAGACCCGGAGCUCUAUGUAUUUCUAACCAGCCGUGAUCUCACCAAGCUUGGAUUCCCGGUCUUCAACGGUGACUUGGUCGAAUUGCACGCCGGAAGCUCUUGUGUGUGCGUCAAAAUAUUCACGUUUCUCGAGCCCAACAAGUCCUUCAAACAAGAUACAGUGUACCUCUCGCCAUUGUUAUUGAUGAAUUUGCCCUUGGCAGAAAACGCACAUGUCCUAUUCAAACCCCACUUCUCGCCUCACCGGAGUCUCACUGAGGUGAUACCCGUUGCUAAAAGUGCCACCAUUGCACGUGUCGUGUCUCCCAUUACAAUGGACAAGACCUAUCAGCGUAGCUUUUUCGCCGAGUUGAAAACGACGUUUCACACACAGAGAAAAUGCUUCAAAAUAGGCGACAUGUUUCCCGUAUGCAUUGACUCUGUGCUCUCCCGGGCACUUUUCGAUUUCACAGCACACCUGGACCACAACGAAGACGAAGAGGGCGCGGAUUCGGAUAUUGUUCCGACUGGACAUCCAGAUUCAGUUGCCUGGUUCAGAGUAGUGGAUAUUUCUGGUACCGAAGGCGAAUCUUAUAAAGGUUCUCAGUACGUCAUUGAUCCCGCAAGGACAAGUUUGACGUCUUCAGGUGUGGAGUUUGUGGCUGCUCCGCAAAAUAAGAACAUUCACUGGAAUGAGUAUUUGAAAAUGACACCUAUAUUCGAUUACUUUCUGGCAUUCUCUGCCAAUCCGGCCACGUUCAAAUACGCCAACGAGUUUUUCCAGGUGCUCGAGACAAAUGUAAGAUCUUCAGGACGUACAGAUCUCCGGGCCAAUACUCUCCUCUACUCCAUGUCUCGUGGACUAGGAAAAACCACAUUGGUCAGAAGUGCCGCGUUGCAUUUUGGGUUUAAUCUAAUUGAGCUCGACGCAAAUGAUUUCGUGAGGCCAGGAGCAGAACUUAAGCUGGUUGGCUUGCUCAGCGGUAAAAUUGAAAAACAACUCGCAGGUCAGUUAGAGGCAGCUCACUGUGACAACUAUCAUCUUCUCUACGUUAAACAUAUUGAGGUUUUGUGUGCGCAGGUCAAUCUAAACGAACAAGGCGCAUCAAGCACGAUCUCUCUCUCGUUGAAGGUGGUCAAAGCCAUUCAGGAAAUCAUGGCCAAAUACACCAAUAUCGUGCUUGUUGCGAGUAGCAACGACGUUGACAAGGUCAGCGACACCUUCAGGCAAAUAAUCACGUUUGAGAUCAAUGUGGGUGUUCCCUCCGAGCAGGAAAGGUUGGAAAUAUUUAAUUUCUUUCUUGAUCUAGAGACACAGGCUUCAAAUUCAGAAACUUUACCCGAGGCGUUUGAGGACAAGAUUGAGUUCACAAGCAGACCAGACUUUGACGACUUUUGUAUUGAUAAGCGACAAGACGUUCAGAACCAGACGCUUGCACUUCAAUCCGCUGGAUUGACACCACUGGACUUGAAAUCAAUUAUAAAGAAAACAAAACAAUCGGCCACGUUGAGACUCAUCAAUUAUGCGAAGUCUGUCAACGUUAAUGUGGAGAAGCUUGUCAAAAUUGGAAAUGGCGGUAGUCUUUUGUUGAUUCCAGAGGAUUUCGAAAAUGCCAUCAAUGACGCCAGAAACCAAUUUAGCGAUUCGAUCGGUGCCCCCAGAAUCCCCAAUGUGAAAUGGGAGGAUAUCGGGGGCUUGGACUUAGUCAAGGACGAGAUUUUGGAUACGAUAGACAUGCCUUUGAAACACCCGGAGUUGUUCAGCAAUGGGCUCAAGAAAAGAUCAGGUAUCUUGUUCUAUGGCCCUCCAGGUACAGGCAAAACUUUGCUUGCCAAAGCCAUUGCCACCAAUUUCUCGCUUAAUUUCUUCAGCGUAAAGGGCCCAGAGUUGUUGAACAUGUACAUCGGAGAAUCCGAAGCCAACGUGAGGCGAGUAUUCCAGAAAGCUCGUGACGCCAAGCCAUGCGUAAUUUUCUUUGAUGAGUUGGACUCUGUGGCUCCCAAAAGAGGUAACCAGGGCGAUUCCGGUGGUGUCAUGGACAGGAUAGUGUCACAGCUUUUGGCUGAGUUGGACGGCAUGAGUGGAGGCGAAAAUAACGGUGAUGGAGUGUUUGUCGUUGGAGCUACAAAUAGGCCUGAUUUGCUUGAUGAGGCGUUGUUGAGACCUGGAAGAUUCGACAAGAUGUUAUAUUUGGGAAUCUCCGAUACAAACGAGAAACAGGCGAAGAUCCUUGAGGCGUUGACAAGGAAGUUCAAGUUGGGAGAUGAUGUCGAUCUUGGCAAGAUUGCCGAGAAGUGCUCCUUCACAUUCACAGGAGCUGAUUUCUACGCUUUGUGCAGCGACUCAAUGUUGAAUGCCAUGACAAGAACAGCCAACGAAGUGGACAGCAAGCUCAAGCUAUUCAACCAGACCCGAACAAGCGAAGGAAAAGAGGAGGUUUCUAGUCGCUGGUGGUUCGACAAUGUUGCCACCGCAGAAGACAUCGACGUGCAAGUAUCCAUGGCUGAUUUCGAGAAGGCCCAACGUGAGUUGUCGCCUUCAGUCAGUGCCGAUGAACUUGCUCACUACUUGCGCGUCAAGGAGAAUUUUGAGGGCGGAAAAAACAAACAGGCCUCCAGCGAUACGAACGAUAGAUAUGAAGACAGCAAUGCAUCAUCAUCAAUGAAGACUAAACACCAGUCGUGA